CACGAUUAGAAACAUUACUACUUCAAAUUACAAAACCCUCUCUUUAUCUUUGUAACCGCCGCCGCAGAUGGAUAGCAAAAACACCAAACAAUCUCUGCAUCUUCCCGAAGAAAUCAUCGAAGAAAUACUGUCAAGACUUGCGGUGAAAUCGCUCUUGAAAUUCAGAAUCUCGAGGAUAUUGCCUGAGACGCCUGGUUACAAGCAUUGGUUUUAUGGAUUCGGCUGCGAUGAGUCGAGUGGUGAUUACAAGGUUAUUGCUAGUGCUGAUGAACCAUUUGAGCGUAAAAAUAAUAUAGCUAAAGUAUAUAGCUUGAAGACUGAUUCGUGGAAGGAAACAACGGGUCCUUGGGAACUUUUUAUGACGUUUCGCGCUGAGCAACGGGGAAUGUUAGCAAGUGGGAAGCUUCACUGGGAGAUUAUCAGUUACGGAAUUGUUUCUUUCGACUUGAAGGAGGAGGUGUUUGAAAUCGUUGAGGAAUCCUUUGAAGAAGAGCAUUUCGAUUGUGCUAUUACGACCUUGGCUGAAUCUGGCAUUGAUCAACUUUCAUUGAUGAAUGUACAGUGUCUGUUUAUUGAUGUGUGUCGGGAAUCAGCAGAAGUUUCAGCAUGCGAAGGUCUGCAAUUAAUAAAAUAUUCAACAUAUGAUUAUGGUAUCCACCUUCGUGGAUGGGAAUUCACAGAAGCUGCAUAUUAUGAUUGUCGUAUCUACGUUGAGAGUUUAGUCUCACCAUAGCCUUCAACAUCGACAUUUUAUCAGUUUUAGGGUUUAUUACUUAUUUUUAUAUCAGUUUGUGACAGUUUUAUCAGCCUUGUAUCUCAUGCUUAACUUUUCCUUCAAGUGUUGUUUUUUGCUUGUUGAGAAUAAAAUUGGGUUAUGUUGUU